CGGCGCGCCAUCCUCAUAAUUCCACGAUGUCCCGUUCUGUGAACUUUAACACCUCGCCCAGCGCCAACGCGACCGCCGUGAAGGCGCAGGUGGACGUGGACGCUCUGGACCAAAGCCUCAUUGCGCUCUUGGAAGCUUAUUUAGAUGAACAAAUUGCGACGAGUGUCGUGGACGAAGAAGCCAACAUGACGCUGCUCAAGCUGUACUCGAUUUACUCGACCCCAGUGGACCACCAGCUGCCCCGCGCGAUUCAAAUCCUGGCCAAGGGACUGACGGUCCUGCCGUCCAACUUCUUUUUGGGGGCGAGCUAUUUGGUCUCGGAACCCUUGCGCAAGAACAAGGACAUUGCAGAGCUCCUGCAAGCCGGCUCGUUGCUGCAAACGUGCCUGUUUCCUGCGUUCUGGCAAUUGCCACUUGCGUCCGCGAAGAAAAUCCCUGGAUUUGACGCCGCUGUCCGCGAAUACAUCGUGUCGGCCAUCGCCCGCAGCCACGACGUCGUCGCGGCCGCCUUUGUCGCGGAGCAACUGCACCUUGGUAGUAAGGAAGUCGAGGCGUUGGUCACAGCGCAUGGAUGGACCGUCCAAGGCGCGAGCUUUGUCGUGGCGGCGAACGCAGACAACCAGAUGCGCCCCAAGAAGUUCAAAGAGGACAUUGCGUUCACGGAUUUGUUGGACACGAUCAACGUCUUGUCUCGUUAAGUGUGGGAAUCCAUCCAUCCCUCUCCAUCGUUCUUACGUUCGUGCUUGUGCCACGAGUAUUUUAUAGCUAAACUAGCACACUCGCCUGGUGCAUCGUGCCAUACUAGGCAUCACAUCAAGACAUCUCUAUAUACAUAUAAUAGAUAUAUAUGUAAGUAUAAACUGUUG